UUCACCGGGAACUUUUUUUUUUUUUUCGGACAUUUUCCUCCUGUCACAUGCAUGCUAAAAACUGUUCAGAAGCUACAGAGAAUCCAGAAGCAUUUCUGGGAGAAGACCGAGAACACCAUGAUGGAGGAAACGUCAGAAAAGGUUCCUCUUGAGGCUUACAGUGAUAUAAUGUGUGUGAAGCCCCGAGGGUACAAUCGACUCAAGAGGACAGCGAUCGCAGCCUUCAUCGCUGGAGCUGUACUGCUGCUGUUCGGAGGCAUCGGAGCUUUUUACCUGUGGAAAGUCACAGAAAAAGAAGUGAUCAGUGCUUACUACAGUAAAAACAUAGAUAUAAAGAUGAUAGAAGAUGAUUCCUUUGAGAUUAACUCCGAAAACAACCAGAAAAUGAUGGAAGUUCGUGACUUUAAAGCUGGCAUUACAGCCGUAAAGUUUCCUGGAGGAGAGAAGUGCUACAUCAUGUCACCAGUCAGAUACAAAGUUUCUGAGGAGGAAGACAUUAUGACAGUAAAGCCUGAUGUGGAUUCUCUGAAUCCAUCUGAAGAACCUUUGAAGGACCAGAGUUUUCUAAGCCCUGAAAUACUGCGAUUCUGUGGAGAUCUUCCGGUUUACUGGCAGCACCCUGCCACACCAAGGGCACUACGGAAGAGAAGACAUGUGACACGGGUGAGACGACAGUCGGAAAGGGAAUCAAACCAAAGACAGUCGAGACGCAAAAAUAAGGCAAAACCAGUCAAAGAGGAGGAAGAUGCGCCGACGGAGUCACCAGGACCCGCUUAUAACCCCGAAAACCCUUAUCACCAAAGUCAGGGGGGUGAGGAGGGCAUGACCUUUGAUCCCAUGUUGGACCAUCUUGGGAUCUGCUGUUCAGAAUGCCAGCGUAGUCAUACCCACUGCCAGAGGGUUUGUGAACCACUCGGUGGUACUGGGCAGUGGCCUUACAACUAUCAGGGCUGUCGGGUGGUCUGCAGGGUCAUAAUGCCCUGCCGCUGGUGGGCGGCUCGUACACUGCGUCUAGUGUAAAGGUCUUGUUUUCCAUAUGGCCCACUGUCUGCCAAUAAAUCAAAAUUCACCCUAUUUACUUUCUUAAUGCAUGUUCCUGGUGUUAUAGUGCAUGAUUUUUCAGUCCUCAUUAUUCCAAUUAAAAACAAAUGUUAUCUUCGUAAUCUUUCAUAAAAAAAAAUAUAUAAUAACUUUU